UUAUCAAAGCCUUCCACCUCACAAAUCUCUCAUCACACACUUCAUUUUUUUCUAAAAUCAUCGAUUCAUCUAUCGAAAUAUGGGAAACUGUGUUAAGGCUGCAUCAUCAAUGGAGUGGGACGGCGAGGACUGGAGCGAUUUGAAGUCGAAGAAGAGAAGCUCAAAGGCUCACGAGUUGAGUUUAGGGAAAGGGCAGAAAGAGAAGCUUAUGCAAACGCUGAAACUUUGUCCUGAUGCCAAUGGGAAAGUGAAGAUAAAGAUAUCAAAGAAGGAGUUGGCACAACUUUUUCAGAAGCAACACCAGAGAGCUUCUUCUGCAGAACAAGUUCUGGUUGGCUUAAUAAAAUCCAGAAAUGAUGAUGCUGGUCACAGAUUCUGGAUGCCCAUGCUAGAGACUAUUCCUGAGGCCACUUGAUUAGUUCCUCCAGGGUCAAGGUUUUUUUUUUUUCAAUCUUUUCAUGUAAAAUAGAUGCUCCUGUGAAUAUUUCUUCUUGUGAAUAGAUGCUCCUGUCUUGUAUUUAAAACCAGAUCAAAGUUAAAAACUUCAUCUUCGUGAUUCAGUAAUAAACCAAUAAUUGAAGAUUGCAA